AAAGGCUCACAGUCAGCCAGUACACAAUCAUACGUGAAACAGUAAGUUUCGAGGACGAACCAAGGUUCUCAACUUUCCAGUUUAGUGCACAUCAGGAAAAAUAUCAUCCCCCAAGAGUUUUUUGUGACCAGUCGUAUUCUAAAUGGAGAUUGUGUGAAAGAAUUGCAACAAAUUGUUCCGAACAUAGUACCAUUGCCAACCGAAGGUGUUGAAUGAGCUCACGGCCGUAAAAAUAUUUUUAAAGUAAUUAAAUGGUGUGGUGGGACAACAAAACGCAUAACGAUCGAUUGUAUAAAAUUCACUGAAGCGAUUAAAAGAUAAAACCAAGAAACAAGAAGAGAAGAAUUGUGCAACACCACGAUACCGUCAAGUGGCCAUAGUAAAAUUCAAUACUACUAGUUUUUACUUUCGAUGCGCACGCAGGCGUAAAAAUUUUACCGCCAACUCAAGAAGGAUAUAUCACGGAAGAGAAAUAAAACAAACAUCGAAAAAUACAAAUGAAGUUGAACAGAGUUCGCAAACUAAUUGUCUGAUACGGCGAUAGUUUUUAACAUCUAAACUUUAUUAGACUGAUUAUAGUUCUCUAAGAAACGGCCAUUUCAAUUUUUCCCAUGAAUGGCUUUCUAAAAGCCGUUAGUUACUAAGAAAAGAUUUUUUAGCACUGAAGCCAAGCUUCAUUCAAUUAUAAAAAAAAACACGGGUCGACCAUUUUUAAGCACGUUAAGGUUUGAAAACAAUCACACAACAUGUCGUUGACCGACAAAGAGUAUUAUAAUCUGUCAAAUGUUUGUUCACACUUCCUAGACCAUGAGCAUAUCCAAAGCGCUGAGCAAUGUUGAGGCUCCUAUCAAGGUCAAACAUGUUCGGGCUGCCAUCAUCGGUACCUUCCACAGUAAGGGUGGUCACGCAUUUUGGGCUAUCGCCAUCCGGCAGCCCAUUCAGGAGAAUCGAAUCGUGGCGUGGAAAUUUUGUCACUUACUGCACAAAAUUUUACGCGAAGGUCACCCGCAUUGCUGUCAGCAUUCAAUGCGCCAUCGUGGGAUGUUAAUCGAAGCCGGUAAACUGUGGGGACACCUGAACGAUGGCUACGGGAUCUGCAUCAAACACUACACCAAGCUACUGGUGACGAAACUAGAAUUUCACGAUCGGAACCCUCGGAUACCAGGUAGCUUGACAUUGCGCUCCGGAGAGCUGGAGCAGAUCGGUGGGGGUGAUAUUAAUUUUUACUUCCAGCUGGCGGUAGAAAUUUUUGACUACCUAGACGACAUCGUUGCCCUGCAAGCAACAAUUUUCAAUUCCAUCACCACAUUCUGUGUCAGUUCAAUGACCUCCGCCGGACAGUGCCGAUUGGCCCCACUGAUUCCCUGUAUUCAGGAUUCAAACCCCCUGUACGAUUUUGUCGUACGAAUAAUGUUCAAACUGCACGCUAACCUCCCCUCGGAUCUUCUAACCGGACAUCGGGAACGCUUUCGCACGCUGUUCCAACAGUUGAAGUCCUUCUACAACCAAUCUCGCAGCUUACAGUACUUCGUAAAUCUGAUCACGGUUCCAAGGCUGCCAAGUUCUCCACCGAAUUUUGAACAGCAGAGUGACCUCGGUAACUAUCAAGCUCCCGUCGUGGUAAUGCCUGACUCUGAGCCGAUGGACAAUGACACGGAGUCAAUCAUGUCAGAAAACCUGAUCGAUACCACGGAAGCGGCUCCACCUAUUCCAGAGUUACCACAGGACCAUCACAAUCAUCAGCAAAAUAACAUCCAGCAGGCAGCACCGAACUACCAGCUGCUGGAAUUAGAGCGCCUGCUUAAAGACAGAGACGAUCUGAUCCGACAUCUACAGAUGGAGAUCGAACGACUCAACAACUACAUCAAGUCACUAACGAUCGAACAGCGGGAUGUGCAGCAUCGGCUUGAAGAUCAAAUUAGGCAGAUGAACUCACAACUCACCCAUUCCCAGGGUGAGUUGUCGAAUUUGCGCAUUCAGAAGGAAGAACUUGAACUACGGGCACAAAGUGCACCUACACUAGAACAAAAAGCCCAAGCGGAGGAAGAACGAGCCAAAGCCAGCGAGGAAAAGUUUCAGAAAUUGAAGAAUAUGUACACUCAGAUCCGCGAUGAACAUGUUCAACUACUCCGACAGGCAAAAAUCUACGAAUAUAAGAUCCAGUGUUAUAAGAAGCACGGUGAAAUCAGCAAACAGUUAGCCACUACCAGCAAAGCUGCCUCGGAUGCUACCCUAGCGAAGGAGGAAAUAAAAGCUCAACUCGAAGAGCUACAGCAAAAGCAAUCACUUGUCGAGGUACAGCUUCAACAGAGUUCCACUGAAGCCAAGCGGGAGCAAGAAACCAUUGCAGAGGAGCUUCGAGAGAUUACUGGAAAAUACGAAACUCUUCAAGGCAAGUACCAGGAAAUGGAAGCAAACCGGCAAGCUGAAAUUGCCGAACUGAAAAUCGACCUGGAACGGAUCGAGGGCGAAUUGGUUACAUUCCAAAACGAGAAAGAAGCACUGAAAACGGAGAAAGGAGUCCUAGAAAGUAAUCUAGGUGAAGUACAACUUGAACGAGAGCAGCUUUCCAAACAGUACGAAGACGUAUUGUCUAAAAUGGAGGCGCUAAAAAUUGAAACAGAGGUGCAUUCGCGAGAAGAAGCUACGCUGCAGAAGAGCGUUAGUGAAAAAACUCAACAGGCGCAAGAGCUGGUGGAUAAACUAGACAUACUACAACAGAGCUACAUGGCUCUACAAAAACAAUAUUCUGAAUUAGAAGCUAUCAAAGCUGCACAAGAACAGGAGUUCGAUCGAGCCCAGGUAGAAGAGCAGCAUAAGCUGGAGACAUUGCAAAGUGAAAUGGCAGAGAAAUGUACCAUUUUGAGCGCUGAGAAGGAAAGUCUUUUGGCUGAUAAAGAAACCUUGGUUCAACAGAUGACUGCUAUGCAGGCAGUAUCUAGUCAGCAAUCAUUGGAUUUUGCAUCAUUAGAGAAGGAUUUGAAGAACGUCAUCGAGCAAAAGGAUCACGAAUUAGAAGAAAUGAGGUCUAAGUGUACAGAGAUUGAAGAAAAGUUCCAGUCUCUCGAUGCAAAUAUGGACCGAUUGCUAACCGAGAAGGGUACAAUCGAGUCCGACCUGCAAGAUUUACUCCAUCAACAGGACGAAAUGGAUCAAAAGUAUCAAGCUGCAAUGGACACUAUGCGAAAUUUGGAGAACUCGCUAGUAGAUUCGAAAAUAUCGGGAGAAACUGCACUUCGUACGCUACUUGAGGCUUGUAUAAAAUCUUCCGAGAAACUUGCUUUAAGAGCAAUCAGCGAAAACGAAAUGCCCGGAGCAGGAGGAACUCCCACGUACUUUUUGAUGAUUGCUGAAGAAUUGCAAGAGGUCCUGUCGAAGCUGGCAAUUGUGCAUGAGAACUACCUCAAGGACAAUUCCACAAACGUGGAAUCGUUAGCUCGGAAGGUCAUAAUCGGGGCACAUCUGCUGGCAUCUGCACAUGUUCAAGGAAUGUCCAUCUGCAACCGAUCCGCGAAUAUCGAGUGUGGCGAACGCAUAGCAGAAGAAAUCAAAGAACUGUCUGGUUCCAUCGCCGAUCUGUUCCAGUCCCUGCACAAAACUAGUGAAUCGGACUCCGUCGGAUCGAAGAUUGCCGAUCUACGGGCCAAACUACUGAAGGUAACCGAGCUUAUCGGAGAUCUUAGCAAACAAACCGACGGUACCGAGAAUCUUGGUGAUCUAGUGGAAAAUGAGCUGAGCAGUAUGGACAAAGCGAUCGAGGAAGCAGCGGCACAAAUUGAGGAAAUGCUCUCAAAAUCGCGAGCUUCGGAUUCUGGCAUCAAGUUAGAGGUGAACGAGAAAAUUUUGGAUGCAUGUACCACUUUGAUGCAGGCCAUACGUAUUCUGGUUCAGAAAUCGCGUUUGCUGCAGUCGGAAAUCGUUGCACUCGGUAAGGGAUCCGCAUCGGCGAAGGAGUUCUACAAGCGCAACCAUCAGUGGACCGAGGGACUAAUUUCCGCUGCUAAAAGUGUUGCUCAAGGGGCCAACUUUUUGGUAACGGCUGCCAACAAAACUGUUGCCGGUGGGGCCCGCCACCAGUUGGAUCUGAUAGUAGCAGCUCAAGAGAUUGCUGCAUGCACUGCCCAGUUAGUAGUGGCAAGCCGAGUUAAAGCACCCCGUGGAAGCCAGAAUCUGGCCGCCCUUGGAACUGCAUCCAAGGGUGUUACCCAAGCUACCGGUAUUGUGGUAGCGACAGCCAAAGAUUGCAGUCAACGGUUAGAAGAAUCCCAGGAUCUGGACCUUAGUUCGCUGACCGUUCACCAAGCAAAGACUAAGGAGAUGGAGAUUCAGGUCAAAGUCCUAGAACUGGAACAAGCACUCCAGAUGGAACGAAUGAAACUUGCUACGUUCCGCAAGAAAAACUAUCAAUCACCUGUCGAUGAGUGAAUUCUUAGUCAUUUUGAUAGAAAACAAAAUUAAAAAUAUCAUUCUCUCUAUAAAAUUAAUAGAAGAAACAUGUCAAUCUACACGGGAUAGUGAAAGAAGAAAUAGUACACGAGACAAUAUAUCAAAUUUUUAGUAGAGGUCCGCGCUACAAUUUUUGAAUUGUAGAAGAAUAUCAACUGAUGGUACCCCACCUGUCUAGGAGAACGGAAAUGUGUAACAAUAUGAUAGAAGAAAAAACUAUUCCUCAUUGUGUCUUGUCCUUACCCGCUUAUAGCACGACGAAAUUUCAAAGCUAUCAGCUAUUCACCCCUAUUCUGUACGUCGAUCGAUUCGAAAUAUUCCGAUCGAAUGUGCAAUUUCCAUUCUGCAUUCCGUUCGAGUUGGGUAUGAGCUCGAAUAUCAUUUGUUCGAGUUGUUAAAUUUUCGAACAUUACUCGAUCGACUUGCGUACGUAUUACUUAUGUUCGGUUUAGAGUCGUUCUAAUUUGUUUAUACAAGUGUGACGGUUUCAUUUACUAAGAAAAAUAAUAAUAUAAAUAAUAUAGAACGUGUGAGUAGUGUUGACAGCUUUGAUGGUUAGUGUUCGAAAUUUCAAGUGUUCCCGAACGAGAGUCGAACGAAUCAUACAAGUCGAACGGAAUAAAGAAUGCAAAAUUCGAACUCGAACGAAAGUGUAGAUUCGUUCGUAUCAUAAAUCCGUCGGAUUGAAGAAUCGGGGUGAUUACCUCUUUCAUUUUCUAAAAAAAGUAUUUUUAUUUCGAAAUUAAAUUAUAUUUUCUUCCAUAAGAUGAUAAAUCGUAGAUUAGGAAUAAACCCUAUUACCGCGAAAAUUUUGUUAAAAUAAUAUACCAAAAUAAUCCUUUGAAUAUUAUUAAACUGUAAUAAUUGUCUAAUUUAUUAUGUUUGUCUACAUUGUACCAUGAUGCAAACAAUU